AUGGACCCCUUCCAUGCUUGUAGUAUUCUCCAGCAGCUGAAGACCAUGUAUGAUGAAGGACAGCUGACAGAUAUUGUGGUGGAAGUGGAUCAUGGGAAAACAUUCUCCUGUCAUAGGAAUGUUCUUGCUGCAAUCAGUCCUUAUUUCAGAUCGAUGUUCACGAGCGGCCUUACCGAGAGCACGCAGAAGGAAGUUCGGAUCGUUGGUGUGGAAGCAGAGUCGAUGCAUUUAGUCUUGAACUAUGCAUAUACCUCCAGAGUAGUGCUGACAGAGGCCAACGUUCAAGCUUUGUUCACUGCAGCCAGUAUCUUCCAGAUCCCUUCCAUACAAGACCAGUGUGCUAAAUACAUGAUCAGUCAUUUGGACCCACAGAACUCCAUUGGGGUGUUCAUCUUUGCUGAUCACUAUGGCCAUCAGGAACUCAAAGACAGGUCACAAGACUACAUUCGCAAGAAGUUUCUGAGUGUCACCAAAGAGCAAGAGUUUCUUCAGUUGAGAAAAGACCAACUGAUAAGUAUCCUCAACAGUGAUGAUUUAAAUGUAGAUAAAGAAGAACACGUUUAUGAGAGCAUUAUAAGGUGGUUUGAGCACGAACAAAAUAAGAGAGAAGUGCACCUUCCAGAAAUAUUUGCCAAAUGCAUCCGUAUGCCUCUGUUGGAUGAGACAUUUUUAGAGAAAAUCCCUCCCGCGUUUGCACAGGCGAUGGCCAAAAGCUGUGUACAAAAGGGACAACCCAGUGCCAACGGCUACACACAACGGCUUGGAAUGACCGCUUCCGAAAUGAUCAUUUGCUUUGAUGCUGCCCACAAACACUCAGGAAAGAAGCAAACAGUGCCUUGUUUAGAUUCGGUCACAGGGAGAGUGUUUAAACUAUGCAAGCCGCCAAAUGACUUGAGGGAGGUGGGGAUUCUGGUGUCCCCUGAUAACGAUAUUUACAUUGCGGGUGGUUACAGGCCCAGCAGCAGCGAGGUCUCCAUCGACCACCGAGCCGAGAGUGAUUUCUGGAUGUACGAUCACUCUGGCAACAGGUGGAUUCCCAAGGCUCCUCUGCUGCGGGCCAGGAUAGGCUGCAAGUUGGUUCACUGCUGUGGGAAGCUGUACGCCAUCGGGGGCAGAGUCUAUGAAGGAGAUGGGCGCAACUCCCUCAAGUCUGUGGAGUGCUACGACAGCCGGGAGAACUGCUGGACAGCUGUGUGUCCCAUGCCCGUAGCUAUGGAGUUCCACAGUGCUGUGGAGUAUAAGGAUAACAUCUAUGUUCUACAGGGGGAGUUUUUCCUUUGCUACGAUCCUCAGAAGGAUUACUGGGGCUUUCUGACCCCCAUGACUGUGCCUAGGAUCCAGGGCUUGGCCACAGUGUACAACGACUCCAUCUACUACAUCGCUGGCACGUGUGGGAACCAUCAGCGCAUGUUCACCGUCGAGGCCUACGACAUCGAGCAGAACAAGUGGACUCGAAAAAAAGACUUCCCCUGCGACCAGUCCAUCAAUCCAUACAUUAAACUUGUUCUCCUCAAAAACAAACUCCAUCUCUUUGUCAGAGCUACUCAAGUCACUGUUGAAGAGCACGUUUUCAGAACCAGCAGGAAGAAUUCACUCUACCAGUACGAUGAGGUCACUGACCAAUGGCAGAAAGUCUACGAGACUCCAGACAGGCUCUGGGAUUUAGGCCGGCAUUUUGAAUGUGUUGUUGCUAAAUUGUAUCCGCAGUGUCUUCAGAAAGUUAUUUAAUUUUUUUUUUUUCUCAGUAACAGGCCUUAGUGAUUUCAGUGGUAAUUUGAUGCUAGAGAAAACAUGUCUUAAAAGAAAACAAAGAAAUUCUGUCAGUAUUUAUUGUAAGAUGAAACAGACAGUUUUUUUUGUAUAUGGGGAUGGGUGCUCUUUAAAGGUUGCAGUCUGGGGAGGGAAUUGUUGGUUCAGUUUCAUAUUUACUGAUAUUUUCCUGGGAAAUGAGGAGGAGGUUACAAAGUGCAAUUAUCAGCAUUUUUUUUCUGGUAAACACUUAAUCAUGUCAUACUAAAGGGUUUUUUUGUGGUAAAAGCAAAUUAAGUGGAAGAGCCAGGAUAACUAUGCACUACAGUGAAAGAAAAUCUAGCAUUAAUAGUUAAGGAUGUCCAAGAUGUGUUGAAGUGACUUUUCUUCUUUUUCUGUUUUCUUUUUUCUUUUUUUUUUAAUACGGGUAAAAUUUGAGGCAAUAUCACUAAGUUUUGUUGCUUUUUUUUUAAUAUAGAUUUAAAGUACAUAGAGAGGAAUGGUAGAUCCUGAUUCAUAAUGAACUCUUCUUUUUGUACUGUUUUUGAAGUCUGCUAAGAUGUUUGUGAUGUUGUUUGUGCACUGCAAUUUGGGAGAAAACUCAAGUCAGAAUCGGAUUGUGGAGUACCUUUGCCCUGGAUGGAGGCCUGUUCCUAUUGUUGUACCAGUUCCUGUCUGUGGAUUUUUGUUGAGAUUGAGCUUAAUGAUAGUGGGGGAAAAACCCAACACCUGUUUUUGCCACAUAGGUGUAGUGCUGUAAAAACUUUUUUUUUUCUUUUUAACACUGAUUAAAACCUUUUUUUUUUUCCACCCCGUAAAGGGCUUUAACCCAAAAUUUGAUGGUGCUAGUACAUUUUUAAUACUUGUUUGUCUGAACUGGGCCAGCCUUCUGCUACUGUUUAAGACAGCCUGUUAUUUUCCAUGGAGUGUGUGUCUGUCUUCAGGCCCUGUCCUGUCAUCGGAUUGUCUUUUCUAACAUAACAUUUUUACUGCAGUGGUGUUCUUGCACAGAAUGGUGACAGGAUAUGGCCUUAAUAAUACUGGUUCUCUUUUAGUUUUUCUCUUUGUGUGGAGUGUUCAUUCUGUCUCCACUACAGUACAGCGCUAUGUGCAGAGUUGGCAUGUGCUCUGGUGAUUUGGAAAAGUGUGGUUUAACUUUGCAAGUUGUUUUUCUUUUCUCUUUGCAGUCAAGCCCCUGACUAUCUUCUAUUUCCUUCUGAUCUAUAAUGUGAAAAAUUGCACUACUGAGCUGUCAGCAUUAUCCAGUGUGUAUGGAAGCAAAAUUGACAAUAAGCAUCCAUGGCUUAAAUAAUCUUUGAGGAAAUACAGAAUAAGGAAUAUAUUGCAACACUUUUCUUUAUGUAUUUAACAUUUAACUUAUUUUUGAGAAGUAAGUUCAAAGUUCAGCCUCUACUUCAGUAGUGAAAAUUGGAUUUCAAAGGGAAAAGAGGAUUCCUAAAACUUGCAUCAGCUGUAAUUUACCAAGUUUCUUACAGCUCUACUUUUUGCAGAAGUUUAAGUUAUCUUCCUCUUUCCUGUUUUUUCCUGUUGACCUAAGUAAACCAGUUAACUUGACAUGGCACUGGCCAUCACUGCCUAAAAGUGCUUACCAUUAUCUGGCUUAACAGCUGAUACUUCAGUCAGCCAAAUAUUUAGCUCAUUGUUUAUCCCCCUGGCAUGGCUGAGGAUUUGGAUAAUGUUUGUUUACUAUGUGGUCUUCCUGAUCCCAAAUGGAAUCUUCCUAAUACAUGAAAAUACUUGCCUGGUUCUAUUUAUUGAUUCUUGCACAAAAUGUUUGAGAGGCAAAAACAAACAAAAAACUGUGAAAUGAAAAGCAAAAUAAAAAUGCCUCUUUGCAUUACAUACCUCAUCUUCCAGAGAUUCACCAAACUCUGCUUCCAACGUGAGCACCUGCAUUUUGGUUUUUUUUCCUGAAUUUGGCAAUUCUCGCUAAGACUGCAUUUUCCAGCAGUGUUGAGGUGUAUUGCUUCUUUGUUUAGUUUUAUCUAUAUGCAUAGCCAAGAAUAAGGGGCUUUCUGAAAAGUACAACUAAUUUAAUUUUUAACUAAUGAUCCUUAGUCCUUGGCUAGCUCUCUUUGCGCUGUUGUAGGCCUCUAGCUGCAAGCUUUCUGAAGCACCCUCCCUAACAGUGUUGCAUUUGUGUGUAAGACCCUUUUUUUUUUUUGUAAAGUGUUACGUAACUUU